GUUGCUACGAUUGGUGGAAAGUUACAGAAGGGUCAUGAAUUUUUAAUCAGCUGAUUUUAAAAAUAACGCGGAGGUGCGAAUCUGUGACAGAAGGAGAGAGUAUGGCGACAGGCGAGGUGGAAGUGACGAGACGCCUUCAUUCUUCUUUCUUGUCGUCAGAGACACGGACUUUCCAAAGAUGAAGUCGGCCACGACAGCACAGGAGACACUGAAGCAGAUCUAUUCCAACAGGAACCUGUCCAGUGUGUACAGUAUUCCCCGCAAGCAGGCAGGACCAGGAUGUUGCCUGGAGGAAGUGAAGGUACAUGGCAGAGAAUGGAGGGAGGUCGUCAAGAUUGUUCAACAGUCGGUUAUGGACAGACGGACCAUGGCAAGAUGGCGGAUUGACAGAGUACAGCUAUGCACCAACACAACACUGGAGGAGCGCUUCAUCAGGAGGAGACAGAAGAUGAAGGAGGAUGGACGGAGUGCCAAGGAGCUGACGGAACACUAUGCUUUCUAUGUGGUAUCACAUGGCAAGGCCAGACACGUGUGCCAGAGUGGGUUGUGGGCUUCCUUUGGCCAAACUGCCUUCGCCAACAUCCUUGGAAGGUCAGACAUGGGGGUGUACGUCAGGAGGAACGCUGACAUUGCCCUGAAGCUGGCAGAGAAAUGCAAUUUCACUGUGACUGCCCUGAUGGUGUUCAAGAUCAUCCCAGGAAGGAUCAAGUCCAUUCCCACAAGCUUCACACCGAUUGAGGAUGCCAUCGAGCCGACACCCAACUUUGACAGCCACGUGUCCAAUAGGCUGCCGACUGCAGUGCAGAAGGAAGCACAUCAGCUGGCCAACUCAUGUAUCUAUCUGUAUGAGUACGAUGAGUCCUGCCGUCCAAGCAAAGCACCCAGUCAGAUUCUCCCCUACGCAGUGGUGAGCUGUACUCAGAUUUCCAAACCAAAAGUACUGUUGGCCUCACCAGUAGUCUCUCUGACAGACGUCAGUAGUUCAGACACGGAUGGGCGAGGGUCAGACAUGGACAUUGUUGAUGACAGUGCCGAUGAGAAAGAGUCUUCUGCCACCUCUGUGUCUAUUGAGGCUGUAAAAGGAAAGCAAGCAUCUGAAAGAACUAAGAAGUUGUCAGUUGAGGAUAUCCAAGGCUGUAAUCUUGGCGCAGGCAGUCGAUCAGAAACUGGUGUGUUCUUGAAGCCAGCACCAUUACCGCGUGAGAACAAGAUCUCACCGACAAAGAAUCACGGGGCAAAUUCAGCAACUAGCCAGGCAACAAGUGGAACCACACUAUUAAAGCCUGCUACUUUCCAGUAUGGGAAGAAGGAGUUGCAAACCAAUGAUAAACGUACCGUUUCUUCAAGCAAUAGUAGCAGUACCUCAUCUCAAAGAUACCAAGACAUGGCGGCCGGUUUCUUUGCUAAGCUCAAAGAUCCUAGGAUACGGAGUGGACAACGGAGCAAUGAGUUGCAUGCCAGUUCCAGCAGCAUGAGAGGGAGUUCAAAGUGUGAAAUAGAAAGUAGACCUGAAAUUCCCCAAAAGGUGAAGGAAGCUAGAUUGGAUGCAAAAACAAAGGUGAGACAAGCAGAGCACAGUGCAGUGCAAUUGAUCGAGAAGGCAAGUUUACAUGUGUUGGGUAGAAAGACAGCUAGUAGACAGGAGAUGCAAGUGGGUCACUGUUCCAAACCAGUUUUGCCAAAGUGCAAUAUGUCUAGCAAAUCUCGGGCUGUGGACAGCAGUGCCUCAAAAUUCAUGGGAAGCAUAAAGAAAAGAAAGCCAAGUGCAAAGCUGAAAGAAAAGAUCAGAAUAUUUCUGGCAGACGAAACCCAAGUAAGUCAUGAAAUAAAGAAGACUACAGCUGGCAUUCAGAAAGAAAAGAAACCAGGAGAAAAAGUGAAAGAGACCAAGACGCACAGAAUACAGAAAGACGCUCGAGAUGGAACAUCAAGUGCCUUUGAAAGACAACUGGAGAAAAGCAGACACGCUAAUGACAGCAAGCAACAUGCAAGUGUAAGCAAUCCAGCCAAACAGCACAAUAAGGAGGAAGUGAAGAAACAAAGUGACACAACUGUGAGAGAACCAGUGGGAGGAAAGGGGAAUGAUUCAAAUCCAUCAGAUUCAGAGCACACUGAAAUGUUGAGUGUUUUACAGUCUCUAGACCAGACCCUGGACCUCCUUACUCCAACUGUUACCUUAUCCUCUUCAGAAAUGUCAGAUUCUGCCAGUGAGGCAACAGUGUUGUGUAGAGCAUGCAAGAUCCCAAAGACAGAGUUACUCAAAACAGAAGAAAAUCAUUCAGCCAUUGGAAGAGGACAAGAAGAAGAGAGUAUGUGUCUUGAAAUCAUGGAAAUACCAGAACAGACCAUUUCUGAGGCAACUCGAAUUGGUUGUGACAGGGACAAUAUGAGUACAGGAAAUAUGUCACUGGAGGAAAGCAGCAGUGUUGGAUCGGUGCAGUUAAAUGUUGCCAUCAAAGAAGAAGAUAGAAUACAAGAGACAGAUACGAACAUGGAGAAGGAAAGCAAAAUAUGGUUGCAAGCAUUGGGAAUUGAGAAGCUCCCAGAAGAUGCUUUUCCAACAAAGACUGUAAAACAAGAAGCUGCUGAUGCAUCAGACCCAACAUGUCCAAACUCAGGUGGUGAGGUCUAUUCUUCCCAAGAAAAGAUGAUGGAACCAAAGAAGACUUCUGAAGAAGAAGAAAAUGGUGGCACCAAUGCGUCUAUGCUUGUGAUUGACCAGGUGUUCUCUCUGGCCUAUACAGAGAAGGCACAAGAAGAGAGUGCCAUUCCUGGUGACACAGCCAUAAGUUUUCCCUAUCAUCUUGCAAAACAGGGUACCAUUACUGAUACCAGUCUACCUCCCAGUCAGAUUAUGGGCCCACAAGCCCUUGACCAAAAUGGCUUGCCAGAUUCAGAUGCCAGAAAUUUAGACAGAGAAGCUGACCAUCUGGGAACAAAUGCUACCAGGAACUUUAUAAGCACUACUUCUGAGGGAGUGGCUCAUCCUCAAAGGCAGACUAGAAGAACAAGUAUGUGUGAAGAUACUGGUCGUGCCACCUUGGAACAGAGGGGUGGCACUGCAGACGUGAGAGGUGAGCAAGACUGCCAGCCAAGCUGCGAGUCAGAGUGUUACGCAUUGCGAUGCACAUGGCAAACUAAAGAGGACACUGUGCUGGAGUCGCUGUUGACAGGGGCACUCAACACACUGGAGCUAGGCGUCCAGAAGUUGCAGUCAAACAGUGACUGUCCCCAGCUAGUAGUGGCAGUGAGAACGGCAGCAACGAUAGCCACCCGAACCUCCACCACCCUUCUGGAGCUAGCCGUGCAAGAGGUCCGAGACCACAUUUCAAGAAAGGCAGGUCAGACGGUGGAAGAAAUGUUUCAACCACCACCGUUGGACUGUAGGAAGUUGGAAUCUCUGAUCUCGGGAACGAUAAACACACUGAAGAUGAUGUCAGAUGACAUAGACGGCACUUGCUCCUUGCAGACAUCCUUUCGGACUGCCCUUACAUUGCUGGAGCUGGCGCUUGAUAUUUUAUGGAUGAGAAACCACUCUGGAGCUAACACUGUAGGGCAACCUCAGCUUUGUCCACAAGCUGACAACAUGGCAAGUGAGGCACGCCAUCCCAUGGAACAUCAAUCAAAUGUGUUCACUGGUCAGUGGGAGGAGUCAGGAGCACAAUCACAGACUUCUCAGUGGCACAACAAUAACAUGGUCACAGUUGAUCAAGAAAAGUUCUCCAUGGAAAAGGAAGAGGAAUGUGGUAGCAGACACAGGCAGCUGAUAACAGCUGGGACCAAUGAUGCUAGCAAAAGUGCAAAGCCUGUCACCCCACCACCAUUGCCACCACCACCUCCCAACUUUUUGUUCUUCCCACCUCAGCAGCUAUUCACAGCUACCAGAAGGCAGGUCAACUCACUUUCUGUACCAUCACCCGAUGAGUUGGGUGCGGAUCACAAUGGAAACCUGGUAGGAAUGUUGGCAAAGUGUGGAGACUCGAGAGAGCCAGAGGGUGCAAUGAACAGAAACAAACAGACUACAAAAAGUUUGCAGACAGAAGCUAUUUGCAGAGAGAUGCAAACCACAACCAAAGUGGAGGGUACCCAUGACGAUGAAGAAAUCACACCAAACCUCAGUGUGAAGCCACAGAAGAUCAUGGUUGACUAUGAUAUGAAAAGCCAUGCACAAGUUGAUCCAUUGGCUGGUGCUGAAAAGAGCCACAUGUGGACAGACGAAGGUGCCAAGAAAAUAGCAAGAUUUGAGGACCCCACUGCAACAGCCUGUGAUCAGCCCAUGCCAAUAGUGACAUCUGGUACAGAACAAGAUGGUGGACUGACAGGAAAAGAAGGGAUGAGUACUCUCCAAACAAAAGCAACAUUCCCUUCUAAAGAUAGCAGAGCAAUGUCUGGAUUUUCCGUACUCAAGGAAAAUGACUGCAUGCAGCCGCAUUCUUGUGAUCCCGAGAAGUUGACAAUUAAGGAAGAAACAGAUUCAUCGCUAGAUCACCAGCAGGUUUGUGUAAAAACCUGUGCUGACAAUUCUUCAACAUCACCUGAACAAAGAUGUAAGACAGAAGAAUCUUACGCAGAUCCAUGCAAUACUGAAGAGGAGAAGCAUGUCCAUGGCACUCAGAAAAGUGAAGAAAGGAAAGAAAAAGUAGAAGAAGAAAGUCAUGAUCAUGAAAAUCAUGAAGAGAAAAGACCAGGAAAAGAUGUGCCAUCACAACCAUGUGCAUCACAGGCAAGUACUCUCAGCCAUCUCGCAGGUGAUGACAUGUUGGCAGAUGAUGUACUCCUGCACCCAGAUGAUGCUGAUGAUGAUCAUGAAUUUUUCUCCAUUUCUAAUGACUCCAGCAGUCUGAGCUCUUCUAUUCUGUCCGUGGGAGGACAAUCAUCAACCUCCUUGUCUUCACAUGACAGCCUUCUAUGGAGCAAAGAGGCCGUUGUGGAAAACACUUCAUCAGAAGUUGCAUCUCGGCCCUUUUCAUGCUUUGCAUCUCCCUUAAAAGAAGAGCCCACUGAUGAAGACAAUUGUAGCUUAUCAGCCAAGCUUGCAGCCACUGCCAACAUUGACCCAGCCCUUGGAAACAAACUAGCUCUGGCAGCUGAACUUCCUACAAAAUUAAGCUGCCCAAAGAUGCUGAUAAACGAGUCUGGUACAACAUCCCCUGUGAGAGAGAAAACUACACAAAAAGAUGGAAGGCAGAAGGAAAAAGAUGCGUAUGAAAGAGCAAGGAGGCAAUGGAAACGAUUGUUCAAGUCAUUUGUCGAUCACCAAAAAGCCAACAACAAAGCAAGUGGAGAAGUGAAGGUAGAAGAGCACUUGCAAAAGUCACCACAUAUCGACAGUUGCUCAGCACCACUUCAUGGCAGUAAAGUUGAGACAAAGACUGAAUUGAAAGAACAGAACACCUCAGGAUGUCCAGGAACUACUGGCUCCCACAAAGCCUGCAAUUCUCCAGUUCUCUGUGAAGCAACGGGAGGGUCAUCACCAACUAACUGUUGCAAGGAUAGUGACUCCCCUCUUUGUCUGUGUAAAUCUGAACUGUACAAGACAUCGAGCAUGAAAAGGCCUCAAGACAAAGCCCUAGGUGAUGAAGGACUGAUACUGCAGAAGCAAGAGAAGUCAGCCAGUCCUAAAAGCUCAGAUGUUGUACCGUUGUAUAACGCCAUACACAUGUCACAGGAUUCCAAACUGUACGACGCUCCGUUUGACUUUGACAUGGUGUUGUCAUGUGCCAGGUCCUGCCAUGCACAGGAGAUGCUCCAGUGUGUCGCAGACCGGAUGAAGAAGGUGUCUGCAGAGAUGGAGCAUUUCCAACAGGGGAUCAUGCAACUAGAGCUGGACAAGAGCAGCUUCGAUGGACUCUACCUGCAGAAGGACCAGCACAUGCUGCUGCUCAGAUCCGCCAUCAUUCACCUGUCAGAAAUCAGCACCGAGUUUGAGAUGCUUCAAGCAACGGAGACGUACCUUUCUAACAUACGGAGAAAGGAGAUGGGGCACAAGGAAAAGAAGACCCCCCUCCGAGACGUGAACAGUAUCAUGCCUGAAGAGGACUUUGCUCCUCCAGAGGAGAGGAAACCUGAUACGAUCAGGAACAUUCUGCUGAGACAGCUUGACAUGAAGAAGGGCCAAGUGAAGGCCUUGCAUAAAAGUCUGAAAUCCUAUCAGUCCAUCAAUGGAAACAACUUUGAGUUUGUCAGGAUGCUACUUAGGUCACAAAUUCACACCUGUGGCACUGAUAUCCAACGCCUGGAGGAGAAACUAAGGGAAGAGAAUCCCUCAGUUAAAAUCGACUGCAACGAGGCAAAGAUCUCGCUUGUACAAGAGAGGCAAACAAAGUGUCAGGAACUCCUGAAGGUGUUGGUCAAGGACAGCUCACAGGACUAUGCCAAGAUAGAGUGGUGCAAGAUGAAGAGUAGGAGGUACCACGGCAUUCUACUUUAUGAGGGGGAUAAAUGCUAUCUGAGGGAGCGCAGAACUCGCUCAAAGUCUUCACCCUCUGCAGCAGAUGACAAGACAAAGGGAUUAGUCAGCAGAGAAAGCUCAAGGGCAAAAACUAAGAAUUCAUCAUCUUCAAAGACCAUAAAGAGACAGCACGAUGCAGAAGGAAAGCAACCCCAUAGGAAGAAUGAUCCAUCCAGGAAAAGGAGAAAGACGUGUGAACCAAUCCAACAAAGACUUGGUGAUGAAGACAUGUCUACUAAGGGCUACAUGAACCCUACUGCUGAUGAUGCCGCUACAGUGGAAAGCAGAGCAGGGUGUCUCAGUGCAACUUCCCAAGAGAAGUCUAUCAAAAGAGAAAAGUCAAGCUGUUUACAGAAUUGCAGAGACAGACCAGAGCAAAAGAGACCAAAGCUCCUUGUACCCACUGGAAAUGGCCAUGAAACACAGCAACAGAGCCCCACAGCUUCCAGAUUGCCCAGUCCUUGUGAUCUGCAUCAAAAGCUACUCAGAGACAGAGAAUCUUUGAUAAGCUCCAAGAGCUUGCCAGUUGUUGUGACGCCAGCAGCCAGUGGACAAGCGGAAGAUGCCAGUUGCCAUCCCUCCCAGGCAAGUCAGGACAUCUUUGGGAAACUAACAGGAACUACAAAAUCUGCUCUUUCAGCCAAGUGUCCUCUUGACUCUAAAUGUGCUAUGAAGGCUAAGACUGCUGAUGCCAGUGGCCAUUCUUCCAAGGCAAGUCAGAACGUCAUUGGGAAACCAACAGGAAGUACAAAAUCUGAUGGCACCAAGAAAGAGGCAGUAUCAGUGGCAGGUGUGGUUCCAAGCUGCAUCCGCACUGUCAAGGAUCCCAGUCCACAAGAGCGGACAACGCUAUCAGGCAUCAAAGGAAUUGGGGCAAAAGGUCCUCUUGACUCAGAAGGUGCUGUGAAGGCUAAGACGACUGCUGUCACCAAGCCCAUCCAGACCUGCCUCACAAACAGAACAUUUCACAGUCCAUCCAGAAAAGCAUCGGUCUCUGGGAUCCACAGUACGUCAAGUACUGUAAACAAACAACCUUUCAUACCUCACAGUCCAUCUAGAAAGGCAGCAGUCCCCAGGACCAACAGCACAUCAAGUACUGCGAACAUGCAGCCUUUAAUACCUCACUGUCCCAACAUGUACUCAGCCGUGCCCUACACCUACCCUGCACAGAACACACCGCCACAUCAUGUACAGUACCCCACCAGUCAUCUACGGCCCAGAAUGAACUGGUGGUCACAGGGCCCGAAUGUUCUCCACAGACCAAUGUUUCCACCUCAGCCGUUGUUUCCUUUCCCCAACCAACAGAUGUUCCCAAAUAGAUGGCCAACAAAGUAGGGUUAGCUAGGGACAUUACAUGUUUGUAUAUUGUUGUAGUGAUCAUAGUCUAUUGGUUGAGAAAAGGACGCAGGUCUUUUAGGCAGUCCUCCUUUUUUUUAUGACACCUGUCAUAUAGGCAUGUAGGGAUUGUCACCUCAAUUUGAAAUUAUGCUAGGAACCUUUUUAGUGCAAUAUCUUAGCAACUAUAAUAGAUAUAUGACAGAUUUAUAGAUUAGAAUUAAAGAAAGAAAGCUAUGUUAGUUUGUACAGGUAUGUGUAACUUUUCUGUGCAGUCAGCAAUUUAUUAGAUUCCUAGUUUCAUGGAAUUUGUGUUAACACAUUACAUUCCCACAUAUACAGCCAUUGGAAAUCUGCAGUUAGGCUGACGGGAAGAUUUCUUGUAAAGGGCAUAAAUGGAGAACCACUUUCAAUCUCAUUUCAGGUUGUCCAUGAAAAAAAAAAGUUAACAGAUGUAUGUGGUUUUGUAUUGUUCUAGUUCACUUAUUUUGUUGUUGUGGAUAAGUUGAACUUGUGACCCCACAGUUUAUUGUACACGAAUGAAUGUUGUUCAAAUGUCACUAAGCUGUUUAUGUUCAUCAGAAACUGUGCAAGGAUGCCCGCAAACUGAUGUGCGGUAUAUCAGGUCUAGCUAGGUAAGACAUAUUUCAUGACUUUAUCAUAGUAGUAAACAACAAUAUUCCAAUUAUGUUGAAGAGGAUCUGCUCACCUGCAGUUGCAUAUGUAGCAUACUAACAUAGAAUGGUACUUUUAUCUUAUCUGAACACCUAAAGUCAAGUUUAGGAAUCACUUUUUACAACUAGAGUUCGGCGACCUCAUACCUCCAUGAAAAUUUAAAGCUUUCGUAAAUUUCAUGCAAUUGACUAAGACAUUAAC